GCAAGAUGUUUCAACUGACUUUGGAGAGACACUAUACGUGAAAUAAGAAUUAUCAGUGGUCACCCUGUUGAUAAUCAUCAUUUCUCCAUGUGCUAGAAUCGAUAUACAAAACAUUUAUCUCGUGGACUAUGUAUGCAUAUAUAGUCAUGGAUUUUUGGCACUACGCUGCGGCUUUGACCGUUUUGAUAGUUGUACUGUGGAGGAUCAGUUCAACAGUCCGGUACUGGAUCAAGCUGACAGUGUUCUGCAUAGCGAGUAUAAUAUUCGCUUGUGGACCGAUUCCAUUGAUGUUAUUGAGGCCCAGAGAUAGCCGAAAUGCACUGAUUCCUGCCGCUUUGUUGAGGUCUUUUGGAAAACUAUUAGGAUUGGAAUAUACAAUUGAUGGACAUGAAAAUAUAAUCAGAGACAGUGGAUGUGUUGUCUUGAUCAACCAUCAAAGUUUGAUCGAUCUCAUGAUUCUUGCUUACCUAUGGCCUCUAUUACCAAACUCGACUGUGAUUGCCAAGAAAGAGAUAUUUUACGUUCAGCCUUUUGGACUGGCUUCAUGGUUAUGGGGCACAAUUUUCAUUAACAGGGUUAAACCACAAGAUGCACAAAAAGCAAUCAAUAAAACUGGGGAAACAAUUAGAACUCGAAAGGCUCGAGUUCUUAUGUUUCCCGAAGGAACAAGACACAAUGGCAGAACCCUUCUCCCAUUCAAAAAGGGAGCCUUCCAUUUGGCAGUAGCAUCCCAGUGCCCAAUUCAGCCUGUCGCUGUUUCGAGGUAUUCCUUUUUGAGGAAAAACCAGUUUGACGGAGGUCACGUCAAAAUACGAAUACUUCCUGCCAUCUCAACAAAAGGAUGCACCUCCGAAGAUAUACCAAGGAUUAUAGAUGAAACCUAUAAAGUAUUGUCCGAAAAUGUAGAUCAGCUGUCAAGAGAGAGACAACAGAAUGGUGUCGUCAAUGGGGAGCCGAAGUCAGGCUAAAUUAUAAUAAUGGACUGCCAAUUAGGUGAAAUUGUAUAUAUGUAGAAUAAAUCAAUGUUGUAUUUAUAGGAAAUUAUUCUUGAAAAUAUAUGUCU